AUGACUUCAAUCCUUUCCUGGUUCCGGAGACUCUACUCUCUUGAUACCCUCGACACUCGUUUCGUUUCGUCUGCGACCACCUCGUUAAAGGCCGCUGCUGACACGCGACCCCCGUCUGCGAAAGAUGCUCGCGCAAAUGCCAUCGCCAAUGGCGCUUCGCCUCCCAACUGGCGAACGCCUGAAUUUUUUGUUUACUAUUUCGUCUUCUUAACCGUGGUACCUAUGAUGUUCAAGACUGUUAUUGAUGCUUCGAAAGAGAGUCAUCCCGGUUAUUCUGCUUAUGAACAUUUGCUAUCGCCAGGCUGGAUACCUGGCCGUAAGGUGGACAACUCCGAUGCCCAAUUCUCAAACUUUCGUAAUAACAUUCCCUACCUUCUCAUCCUUCUCGUCGCUCAUCCGUUGCUUCGUCGGGUCUAUGAGCGCUAUCUACUGCGGACCGAUGCCAGCUCUGUUUCUCGAAGUGCCGAUGCGGCGACUACUGGAGAUGCUCGACUGGAUCGACGGGUGCGAUUCGAUUAUUACUUUGCUCUCGUGUUCAUAACUGCGCUGAAUGGUGUGUCGGCUAUCAAGGUCCUCGUGAUCCUGUACUUGAACUACAAGAUUGCCAAGUCUCUCCCUAGGAAAUAUAUCCCCGCGGCCACUUGGAUAUUCAACAUCUCCACUUUAUUCUCCAACGAGCUUUGUGCCGGGUACCCGCUUGAGCGCGUGGCCACUUUCCUCACAGCAGGUGGUGAAGGAGAAGCUUCCUUGGUGCAAUGGGCCAAAUACAUCGAUGGCUUUGGAGGCUUAAUGCCCCGCUGGGAGAUCCUCUUCAACCUGACGGUCCUGCGGUUGAUCAGUUUCAAUAUGGAUUAUUACUGGAGCCUGGAUUAUCCAGCGGCGAGCGCAAUUGAAAAGAAACAGCUCGAUCCAGCAGCGCUGUCGGAGCGUGAUCGUGUGAGCAUCCCACCAGAACAGUCUGCGUUCAAUGCUCGCAACUACGUCGCCUAUGCCCUUUACUCGCCUUUGUACUUGACCGGUCCAAUCCUGACCUUCAACGACUAUAUCGCUCAGCAGAGAUAUCCACCACCAUCCCUCACAAAGACUCGUACUCUUCUAUACGGCAUCCGAUUCUUCUUGACGUUGCUCAGCAUGGAAUUGAUCCUUCAUUAUAUAUACGCCGUGGCUAUUUCCCAGGCAUCGCCCGAUUGGUCCCUGUAUUCAACCGGACAACUUAGCAUGCUCGCAUUCUUCAAUCUACAUGUGAUUUGGCUCAAACUUCUCAUUCCCUGGCGGUUCUUCCGCCUCUGGGCCUUACUCGACGGCAUCGACCCCCCUGAGAAUAUGGUCCGCUGCGUGUCGAACAAUUACUCUGUUUUUGCCUUCUGGCGCGGCUGGCACCGAUCCUUUAACCGCUGGAUCGUCCGCUAUCUCUACAUACCCCUGGGCGGAGGAGCACGCUCGGGAGGCGCGAACAAAUCCUCGCCAGGUCUCCUCUCCAAAGCACGUCGGAUCUUCAAUUUCCUGGUGGUAUUCACGUUCGUCGCUCUCUGGCAUGACAUUAACCUUCGCCUCCUCAUGUGGGGCUGGCUCGUCACCCUCUUUUUCUUGCCCGAGACCAUCGCUACUCUGCUUUUUCCCGCGCGCAAGUGGCGAUCGCGCCCAACCGCAUACCGUGUCCUCUGUGGUGUCGGCGCUGUUGGCAAUGUCCUUAUGAUGAUGAUUGCCAAUCUUGUUGGUUUUGCCUUGGGUUUAGAUGGGAUCAAGAGUCUCUUAUCGGAGAUUCUUGGGUCUUACUCGGGCAUUGGCUUCCUUGUUGCUGCUUGUGGCGCACUGUUUGUGGGAGUACAGGUCAUGUUCGAGAUUCGGGAAGAGGAGUUACGCGCUGGUAUUAAGAUGAAGUGUUGA